AUGUCUCGAAUGUGGGAGGUUGAUCCGGAGACGAAGGCAAAGCUCCUUCAGUACUCCAGAGUCAACGGCAAUGACCGGUGUUGCGACUGUGGCGCCCCCUCUCCUCAAUGGGCAUCCCCGAAAUUCGGCACAUUCAUCUGCCUAAACUGCGCUGGCACACACCGCGGGCUCGGCGUGCACAUCUCCUUCGUCCGCUCAAUCACCAUGGACGCCUUUAAGAACUCUGAGACACAACGCAUGGAACUAGGCGGUAAUGACACGUGGAAGGAAUUCUUUGACUCGCACCCGAUAACGCAAUCCGAAGGCCGCACCUUCGAAGACUCUACGAUCAAAGAACGCUACGAGGGCGAAGUCGGUGAGGAAUAUAAAGAGCGACUCAGCGCGAAGGCCGAGGGGCGGGAAUACGUCCCCGGUCAACGGCCUGCACAACCGACGAAGAAAAGCCCUGAUGCCGUGAGCUCACGGUCAAACACCCCGCUUUCCAACUCAGGAAGGGCAGGUCAGGGCUCAUCGUCUUCUCCGGCGUUGCAGGAGGGGCCUGGUGGGGUUGAGGGUGCGCAGGCUAGCAGGAAGGCGCGCAACGAGGCGUAUUUUGCGAAGAUGGGUUCUGAGAACGCGACGAGGUCCGAGUCGCUUCGGCCGUCGGAGGGUGGGAAGUUUACUGGAUUCGGUGGAGGAAUGCCCGUUUCGUCGUCGCCGAAGCCGCAGGGUGGGAAUGGGUCUAUACCUGGGUUAGAUGACUUCCAGAAGGAUCCCGUGGCCGCUUUGACAAAGGGGUUCGGCUGGUUCACAACGACUGUGGGGAAGACCGCGAAGACGGUUAAUGACUCGUAUAUCCAGCCGACUGCGAAAUCGCUCGGGGAAUCCGACUUCGCCGCACAAGCACGCCAACACGCCGCUCACUUCGGGCAAAAUAUCCAAGUUGGCGCCCGCGGUGCUGCAGACUCUUUCACGCGCUUCGUUGAGGGCCCGGAUAGCGACGCCUCGCGACGCGGCCGACCAGGUUCAGGACCCAGCGCUCGUGGACCCGCCGAACCAGAACGUAAGGACUUCUGGGAUGACUUCUCCUCCCUAGCAGCGCAGGAUAACCAUCGCCGUAACGCGUCGAAGACUGGUGCUCUGGGUACGGCGGCGAUGAAGCCUAGCCCGGCGCCUUCGUCUGGGACGGGUACGGGGGCAGUUAGUGGAAGUGCUGCGACGGGGACAGGGACGGGGACUGAGAAGCAGGGGUCGAGUUCGGGGAAGAGUCAGGAUGAUGGGGGGUGGGAUGAUAAUUGGUGA